AGUCGCGUACUCGCGGCCGAUUAUUGCGGUUGCUACAUCUGUACUAAAACAUAUUCGGAUUAAUCAUAGUGCAACGCGUGAGUGGGGUUAACGCCAAACAAAUCCUGCUAAUACCGGUAGCUGUCUAAGUUCUGCGCACUUUCAGCCUCGGCUAUCGGACCUUGCACAUGGUGACCUUAGUGCAUCUCGCGUGUUUAAGUGUUUUAAAUUUGCUCGGAUACUUACCCGCUUCCUAUCCUUGCGGACACCUGUGUGAAAUCAUACAAGUGGCCUUACUGGUCUCAUAUGUUUACCGGGAAACGUUCGGUGGCCUCUGAAUUCUGUACGGCUUUCUAGCCUUGCAUUUAAAACUGUCAAGGUGACUGUGUGGUGUGGCAUGUCUAGUCUGUUAAGCUCGUAAAGCAUUAGUGCACUGACCCACCAGCCGUGCGUGAAGUCGGGACGAUGGUGCGCGAAGGGGAGAGGUCCACUCUCGCCCUCCUGAGGACUCUGGCCGCCACGCUCCGGUGCCGAGCGCUCACUCUGGUAUACUACGCAAAAAGAAGCGGAGAGCGCAACAGUACCUGGGCGAGGAUGGCUCGCACAAGAAGGAGCGGAAGUUGUACAACGACGGGUACGACGACGACAACCACGACUACAUCAUCAAACAGGGCGAGAAGUUCCUCGACCGGUAUGAGAUCUCCUCACCCAUAGGGAAGGGAUCUUUUGGACAGGUUGUGAAAGCGUAUGAUCACGAGGAGCAGUGUCAAGUAGCGAUUAAAAUAAUUAAAAAUAAGAAACCCUUCCUAAAUCAGGCACAAAUAGAAGUCAAGUUACUAGAAAUGAUGAACAGAGCAGAUGCUGAAAAUAAGUAUUAUAUAGUGAAACUGAAACGUCACUUCAUGUGGCGGAACCACCUGUGCCUAGUAUUCGAGCUACUCUCGUACAACCUUUACGACCUGCUAAGGAACACCAACUUUCGCGGUGUCUCGCUCAACCUCACGCGGAAAUUCGCGCAACAGCUGUGCACAGCGUUACUCUUCCUUAGUCAACCUGAACUAAAUAUAAUUCACUGUGAUCUUAAGCCCGAAAAUAUACUAUUAUGCAACCCUAAAAGGUCAGCCAUUAAGAUAGUAGACUUCGGAAGUUCGUGUCAACUAGGCCAAAGGAUAUACCAAUACAUCCAGUCAAGGUUCUACCGAUCACCGGAGGUCCUACUGGGCAUACCUUACGACCUAGCGAUAGACAUGUGGUCGCUAGGCUGUAUACUAGUGGAGAUGCAUACGGGCGAACCUUUGUUCAGCGGGGCCAACGAGAUUGACCAGAUGAACAAGAUCGUUGAGGUGCUGGGCAUGCCGCCGGAUCACUUAUUAGAUCAGGCUCAUAAAACCAGAAAAUUCUUCGACAAAUUACCGGCGUCAGAAGGUGGCGGUUAUGUUUUGAAGAAAGUCAACGGGAAGGAUGGGAGUGGUUACAGGAAGUACCGCGCGGCGGGCACGCGGCGGCUGCACGACAUCCUGGGCGUGGAGGGCGGCGGGCCCGCGGCGCGCCGGCGCGGCGAGCCCGGACACUCCGUAGGAGACUAUCUUAAGUUUAAGGAUCUAAUUCUCCGUAUGCUAGAGUACGACCCCAAGCAGCGCGUGACGCCGUACUACGCGCUGCAACACAACUUCUUCAAACGCACCGCGGACGAGGCCACCAACACGCAGCAGGCGCAGCAGCACCACCAGCACGUGGGCGUGGGCGUGGGCGCGCUGGUGUGGGGUGGCGUGCAGCCCGAGCGCAUGGACGUGGAGCGCGCGCCCGACGACCUGCACGCCUGCGCGCCGCGCGCGCGCAGCCCCGUGGCCAUCCACUAGCCGGGAGCGUGCGCGUGCGCGAGCGCGUGCGCGUGCGCGAGCACGUGCGCGAACGCGUGCGCCGUGCGCUGGACCGCCGAGCCCGAGCCGAGUCGCGAGUGACGUGUCAGUGCGAACGCUGUGCGUGUGCGGUGCGGUCGAUCCGAGG